CCGGCCCUGACGCAGAUGCAGCUCCUUCCCAGCCCUGCUGCCAACCUGCUGCCCGCGCUGCCCCGGAGGAGCCGCAGCCCAGCCCCACGCCGGUGCCCCGGGCCGGGGCAGCCCCCGCCGGUGCUGCGGCCACGCACGGAGCCAGGGCAGAGCAUGGCCCCAGCCCUCCCGCUGCUGCUGCUGCUCUGGCUCUUUGUCCCCACGGUGCUCCCGGAGGUGUUUGGCCCUGGAGAUGGCACAGAGGACCCCAAGGCUCUGCAGGUGUCCAUCCCGCGGCACCCAGCCCUCGAGGCCGUGCUGGCAGGCGACAUCACCAUCCCCUGCCUCAUCACCUACCUUGGCCCCCAGCCCACCGCCGGCACUGGCGGCCGCCGCGCCGUCCUGGGGACACCCCGCGUCAAGUGGACCUUCAUCUCUGAGGGCAGGGAGGUGGAGAUCCUGGUAGCUCGGGGGGACAGGGUGAAGGUGAGCGAGGACUACCGGCUGCGCGCCUCGCUGCCCAUCUUCCACCAGCGCUACAGCAACGCCUCGCUGCUGCUCACCGAGCUGCGCCCCAACGACUCGGGCAUCUACCGCUGCGACGUGCAGCACGGCAUCGAGGACGGCCACGACAUCCUGCACGUCAAAGUCAAAGGGGUGGUGUUCCACUACCGGGAGGGCUCCAUGCGCUACGCCUACACCUUCGCCGAGGCGCAGGAGGCCUGUGCCAGGAUCGGUGCCAGCAUUGCCACCCCCGAGCAGCUCUACGCCGCCUACCUGGGCGGCUACGAGCAGUGCGACGCCGGCUGGAUCGCCGACCAGACCGUCAGGUACCCCAUCCAGACGCCCCGUGAGGCCUGUUACGGAGACAUGAACGGCUUCCCCGGGGUGAGGAACUAUGGAGUGGUGGACCCGGAGGACAUGUAUGAUGUGUACUGCUACGCUGAGGACCUCCCAGGGGAGAUCUUUCUGGAGACGGCCCCGGACAGGUUCACGCUGGAGGAGGCGGCGCAGCGCUGCCGGGCGCUGGGCGCGGAGCUGGCGAGCCCGGGGCAGCUGUACGCAGCCUGGAACGCGGGGCUGGACGCCUGCAGCCCCGGCUGGCUGGCCGACGGCAGCGUCCGCUACCCCAUCGUCACCCCCCGCGAGCGCUGCGGAGGGGCUCUGCCCGGCGUCAAAACCAUCUUCCUCUUCCGAAACCAGACGGGAUUCCCCGACGCCCAGAGCAGAUACGAUGCCUACUGCUUCCGAGAAGUGACAAACUCUUUCCCUGAGGCUGCAGGAAAAUACCAAGGCCAAGAGCCCGAGGAGAAUCUCCUCCAGGAGAUUGUCACAGUGGCAGAAAAGCUGGAGGAGCUGCAGCUGCCCCGAGCGCACGAGGAGCUCGAGUCGCGAGGGGCGAUUUACGCCGUCCCUUUCUUUGAGGACCCUGACCUGGGCAAGCCGAGCCAGUCCCCUGAAGACACCCUGGGGCCAGGGGCCCGGCACCCCCCCCUAGCUCCCUCCGUGUCCUCAGAGGAGGAGCAGGGAGCAGCGCCGGGCGGGGGCCCUGGCAGCGCAUCGGCCGAGAGCCCGGGCGGAGCGCGACACCCCGGGCAGCCCACGGAGCCAGAGGGACCCACCGGUGCCCCAGCAGAGAGCCGGGAAGCCGCUGGGAGCCCCCGCCGAGGGCACAAGUCCGGCGGGGCGAGCACCCCGUUUUCUGCCGCGGAGGACGCCGAGCUCUCCGGGGACGUGGUGGAAAGCCCUGCGGCAUCCCCGCUGCCUGCCGCGCCCUCGCAGCCGCAGGACGAGGGGGACGAGCAGUCGGGAGCCGCGUGGAUCCCCUCGCCCGCCGCCCCCGGGCAGCGGAGCACUGUCCCCGCGGUGACACCGCGGCUCGCAGAGCUGCCCGGCAGCAGCAGCAGCAGCGCACCGGCCCUGCCAGGAGGGGAGGAUGCACCGCCGGGCACGGACAGAGGGAUGCCUGCUGCGGCUUCCGAGGAAGAGGAGGAGGAGGAGGAAGAGCCGCCUGCUCCCUCCGUUGCCACCGUGGAGGGUUUCCUGGCGGCCGUUCCGGGAGAAGCAGGUGGCUGUGUCCCCAACCCCUGCCUGAACGGAGGGACCUGCGUGGAGGACGGAGCCCAGCUCACCUGCCUGUGCCUGCCCGGCUACGGAGGCAGCAGCUGUGAGAGACCCCUGCGGAGCUGCAGCCCCGGCUGGGACAGCUUCCAGGGCGCCUGCUACAGGCACUUCUCCACCCGGAGGAGCUGGGAGGAUGCAGAGAGCCAGUGCAGACACUACGGGGGGCACCUGGCCACCAUCCUGACCCCCGAGGAGCAGGACUUCAUCAAUGACCAGUACAGGGAGUACCAGUGGAUCGGCCUGAACGACCGCACCAUCGAGGGCGAUUUCCAGUGGUCCGACGGCAGCCCCUUGCUCUACGAGAACUGGCACCCCGGGCAGCCCGACAGCUACUUCCUCUCGGGGGAGAACUGCGUGGUCAUCGUGUGGCACGACGGGGGCCAGUGGAGCGACGUGCCCUGCAACUACCACCUGUCCUACACCUGCAAGAUGGGGCUGGUGCAGUGCGGGCCCCCCCCGGCCCUCAGCAACGCCCUGGCCUUCGGCAAAGCCAGGCAGCGCUACGAGAUCGGCUCCACCGCCCGCUACCGCUGCCGGCCCGGCCUCGCCCCGCGCCGCUCGCCCGUCAUCCGCUGCCGGGAGGAUGGCACAUGGGAGCCGCCCCAGCUGGCCUGCCGUCCUGGUGUGGCUCAGCCCCCCGAGGAGUGAGGGAGUGUCGGGGUGGGGGGCAGCACGGCCCCGAGCCCCGGGCUGGUGUGGAUGGGGACGGCGCUGGGAGCUCGGGGUGUGGAGUGAAGCCUCGCUGCUGGGUGUCUGCCCCAUUGUGUGUUUGAUAUCUGUACAAAGAAAUGCUAAAAAAUUAAAGAGUCCCAUGAAAGGAGCCCCAAAAUGCAGCACAGCGGGAGUUUUGUCCCCCAGAGCCACAGCAGAGCUGAAAUCCAGGGGGGCACCACGGGCAGGGGGUGGCACUGAGGUGCCAGCAUCACCCCCAGCCACCUUCUCCCUCCCGGGGACAUCCGGGCUGUGCUGCAGCUCAGCACCCACGCAGGGGGGUGGGGGGGAUCCUGCACUUCCCUGGGAAGCAGAAGCUGCUGCUGCAGGCUUGGAGUGGGCACGUGCUGCCCAAAAACCCUCUCUGUGCUUUGUGGGUAUUAAAACCGGGAAACGGA